UUAAGGCGUCGAGGCCUCGCCUGCCCCGCCUUAGCUCCCGCGCUAGAGAGAAACAUGUAUCGUUUCCGAUCACAGCUCUUCACGGGGAUUUCUGCUGCCGCCACCGCCCACUCUUACCCCCGCCGUUUCUCGCCUCUGUUGUUAGCCGAAGACUCGCCUCUCAGCCGCCCGCCGCACAGACGCACGAGUAAAAAGUGCAGCUCCAUCGGCUGAUCCUCGCUAAGCUCCGACUCUAGGCGGCACCGGGCGUCCCACGAUGCCGAAGAACAAGAAGCGGAACACUCCCCACCGCGGUGGCAGUGCUGGCGGCGGCGGCUCAGGAGCAGCUGCAGCGACGGCGGCGACAGCAGGUGGCCAGCAUCGAAAUGUUCAACCUUUUAGUGAUGAAGAUGCAUCAAUUGAAACAAUGAGCCAUUGCAGUGGUUAUAGUGAUCCUUCCAGUUUUGCUGAAGAUGGACCAGAAGUCCUUGAUGAGGAAGGAACUCAAGAAGACCUAGAGUACAAAUUGAAAGGAUUAAUUGACCUAACCCUGGAUAAGAGUGCGAAGACAAGGCAAGCAGCUCUUGAAGGUAUUAAAAAUGCACUGGCUUCAAAAAUGCUGUAUGAAUUUAUUCUGGAAAGAAGAAUGACUUUAACUGAUAGCAUUGAACGCUGCCUGAAAAAAGGUAAGAGUGAUGAGCAACGUGCAGCUGCAGCAUUAGCAUCUGUUCUUUGUAUUCAGCUGGGCCCUGGCAUUGAAAGUGAAGAGAUUUUGAAAACUCUUGGACCAAUCCUAAAGAAAAUCAUUUGUGAUGGGUCGGCUAGUAUCCAGGCUAGGCAAACUUGUGCAACUUGCUUUGGUGUUUGCUGUUUUAUUGCCACAGAUGACAUUACUGAACUAUACUCAACUCUGGAAUGUUUUGAAAAUAUCUUCACUAAGUCCUAUCUCAAAGAGAAAGACACUACUGUUAUUUGCAGCACCCCUAAUACAGUGCUUCAUAUCAGCUCGCUUCUUGCAUGGACACUACUGCUGACCAUAUGCCCAAUCAAUGAAGUGAAGAAAAAGCUUGAGAUGCAUUUCCAUAAGCUUCCAAGCCUCCUCUCUUGUGAUGAUGUAAACAUGAGAAUAGCUGCUGGUGAAUCUUUGGCACUUCUGUUUGAAUUGGCCAGAGGAAUAGAGAGUGACUUUUUUUAUGAAGACAUGGAGUCCUUGACGCAAGUGCUUAGGGCCUUGGCAACAGAUGGAAAUAAACAUCGGGCCAAAGUGGACAAGAGAAAGCAGCGGUCAGUUUUCAGAGAUGUCCUGAGGGCAGUGGAGGAACGGGAUUUUCCAACAGAAACCAUUAAAUUUGGUCCUGAACGCAUGUAUAUUGAUUGCUGGGUAAAAAAACACACCUAUGACACCUUUAAGGAGGUUCUUGGAUCAGGGAUGCAGUACCACUUACAGUCAAAUGAAUUCCUUCGAAAUGUAUUUGAACUUGGACCCCCAGUGAUGCUUGAUGCUGCAACACUUAAAACGAUGAAGAUUUCUCGUUUUGAAAGGCAUUUAUAUAACUCUGCAGCCUUCAAAGCUCGAACCAAAGCUAGAAGCAAAUGUCGAGAUAAGAGAGCAGAUGUUGGAGAAUUCUUCUAGAUUUUCAGAACUUGAAGACUAUUUUCUAAUUUCUAUUUUUUUUCUAUUUCAAUGUAUUUAAACUCUAGAGACGGUUUUUAUCUUGGAUUAACUUAGAUAACUUUUGUAGUAGGAGUUAUAUUGCUUAUAAUUUAAUGUACAGUAUUGAAACUGUUGCGUUCUGAUUAUUAAAUAUUCUCUGUAAAUCAGUAAACAUGUAUAAAGUGUUUGUAAUGUCAUAAUUGGUCAUAAUUUAUUUACGAAGACAGCAAAAAACUUUGAUUUCAUGAUGGGGAAAACUAUUAGCCAAAGUUUAAUUUCUUACACUGUGGUUGUCAAAAAUACUGAUUUACUAUAAUGAUAUAUACAUACAAGAUAUUUAACUUAAUAUCUUAGACAAGAGUUCUGGAUACAAUUUUGGGAUCUAGUUCCCUGGGAAAGCUGCUGUAUUUUUAAUUUUUAAUGGAAUGUAGCUUUUAAAAUCCUGUCAUUGGCAUCAACAAAAGGAAUUAUGCCAUGAGACCUUACAGUUGUACUUAAAAGCCAUUCAGUUCAGCUACUGGGAGUUCACGAUGAAUUAGCAUAUGCCAGAAAGGUUGCUAACCUUAACGUCUGAGAGCAGUAACACUGAUUUUAUCUGCUGUAUGAGACUUUGUGCAUUUUACUUUGAAAUAAAGUUUUUUUUCACACUGAAAGUGCUUCUCUUCUAAUAGAAGAAACUUUAUUUAUGGCUUUGAGGUACAGAGUCCAAAAUGACUAGGCCAGGUGGGCAGGGAGACAAAACUUUAUGUAUAUAUUUGCAAACAUUAAAGUAGAUGAAAAGAAUGUAGCAAUACAUAAUUGGGAUUAAGGUUUCUGACUUUCGAGAAUAUUACUGCUUGGCAACGUGCAGUGGCUCAUGACUGUCAGCACUCGGAGGCUGAGGCGGGAGGAUGGCAUGAGCCCAGUUUGAGACCAGCCUGGGCAACAGCGAGACCCUGUCUCUACUAGAAAUUUAAAAAAAUGAGUGUGGUGGUGUGUGCCUGUACUCUUUAUCUACCUGGGUGCUGAGGCAAGAGGGUAACUUGAGCCCAGGAGGUCAAAGCUGCAGUAAGCCGCGAUUGUGCCACUGCGCUCCAGCCCGGGUGACAAGAGUGAGGCCUUGUCUCAAAAGCACAACAGUAAAAAGAAUAUUGCUGCUUGUUUGCCCAUGAGGUUUAUUUCUUUCAUUUUGUGAAAAGCGUUUUGACAGCACAUUCACAUUUAAUAAACUUUAGAUUAAAAUACAUAGUGCAAGCAACGUGCCAUUUCAAAUCCGUAGAGUUGUUUCUUUGAUACUCUUGGUGUAGGUCACAGUGAGGAAUAGGGAAGCAUAUACACUUUAGGGAGAAGUAUCAAAAUCAUUUAAGGUCUUUUUUCCAAACUAGUGUUCCUCUCCAACAUCCAACAACUCUUGGAAGUCUGGUGCUCCCUCUAGGUGAAAACCAUUUGCUGUCGUAUGGAGUCACUGUUGCUGAGUUCCAUCCCCCAAUUACAGUACAGUGGAAAACAGGUUUAGAAUCUAGAACUUGUUUGUAUGUUGUCACUUGGUUAUAUUCCAAGUAGGUUAGAACCAUGGAAAAGAGAUUGCAAAUGGUAUAGUUUCUUCUAAAUAUUCAAUUGCAUAUAUUUAUGUAUAUGUAAUUAUAAAUAAAAAUGAAUUUUU